GAAAUGGUAAAUAUCCACUGUAAAGAAAUGUUCAACAAAGUCAGCCAACGUAGUUAUUAAUAUAAAUAACAUUUGUUGCGCGAGCAAUGCUACCACAAUGGAUAAUAAAGAGAGUUCAAUUUGGCGUGCGAUUAACUGCUCUGUUUGGGUAUAUCUGUGCAGCCAUGAACCACUACGGAACCAUAUCAGUAGUAGGGCCAGCGUUUGUGAACAGGGAAGUAACACUGAAAGCGACACCCUUCUACCCUUGGGGGUGUGACAUAGAAUGGAAAUUCAUAAUAGAAGGCGGCACACAAUUUCAAACAAUGGAUGGGCCAAAGGUUAUCAGAUAUUCGGAGAAUGGGUCCUUCUUUUUGAAAUGGAAAGCUUCUAUUGAAUAUAACAGAUCUUAUUUUUACGCCGGAUGUUCAAAGAACCCAUCCAUACGAUCACGCUUAUUAUCUUUAAAUGUGAAAGAAAUUCUUGGCGAAUGUGGAGCCCUGGUGAUACUAAGCCCGGUUGUUCGCGGCGCAGACGUAAAACUUGGAUAUUUUCCGUCUGACUAUUCUAUACAGAAAACACGAAAAUGGAAGACAAAUAUCCAGGACAUAGAGCUACGAGAACAUUCUUACGAAGAGGAAAUAGUUUCUGAAUAUUUGUACGUACUGACUAUAUUUAACUUUGAAGACAGAGAUGAAGGAACGUAUCUUUUAUGUUGCAAUUCAGAAGGACACACGGAUUCUGUGCAGCUUCAUAUUCAAGAACCACCAAGUUACCCAGUCCUCGGUCCAAAGGCCGUUGACUUUAAAACAACAGAAUGUAUUUAUGUUUAUGGAGAUUCCGACAUAUAUUGCCAGACUGAAAAUGGAACAGAACCUGUACAAGUGGCACUUUUACUGGGACAGGAUUCAUUUUUUCUUGCUGAUAGCGAAUGGAACAAAAAGGUUUAA